GGGAAUUCUAUGGUAAGGUCUGGCAACCCUGUCUACGCUCUUCUGUUGGUAACUGGUUACCUGUAAGGAAAGGACAGGCUUCAGACGGUGGAGAAAUAUACCAGGUCCUGUCCUGAGGUCAGAUAUUACCAUGUCUCACAGCGACGAGGGAUACGUGGUGCGCAUCCGAGGCUUGCCCUGGUCAUGUACCCAGGAGGAAGUAGCCUCGUUUUUUUCUGACUGUAAUAUUGUGGGGAAAGUGAACGGGGUGUGUUUCACCUUCUCGAAGGAGGGAAGGCCCAGUGGAGAGGCUUUCAUCGAGCUAAAAACAGGAGAGGACUUUAAAAAAGCCCUCUCAAAAGAUCGCAAAUAUAUGGGUCAUCGAUAUAUCGAAGUGUUCAAGUCAAACCGCAGUGAGAUGGAUUGGGUGCUGAAACGCUGCGGCCCGACAGAUUAUGACAGCAGCAGCGGCUGCAUGCUGAGGCUCAGAGGACUGCCUUUCGGCUGCAGUAAGGAGGAGAUAGUUCAGUUCUUUUCAGGGUUGAAAAUCGUGCCAAAUGGGAUUACAUUGCCGAUGGACUACCAGGGGAGGAGCACAGGGGAAGCCUUCGUGCAGUUUGCCUCAAAGGAGAUAGCAGAAAAAGCUCUGGGGAAACACAAGGAAAGAAUAGGGCACAGGUACAUAGAGAUAUUCAAAAGUAGCCGAAAUGAAAUCCGUGCAUACUACGAUGUCCCCCGGAGGAUGAUUGGACAGAGACCUAGCCCAUACGACAGACCAGUGAUGGGUCGCGGGGGCUUCUUUGGUCCUGGACCUGGAAGAGGAGGUGCUGUUCUGGACCAGAUGCGCAGUGGAAGUAGUUACAGUGGUGGUUAUGGUGGUUUUGACAAUUACAAUGGUUUUAACAACUACUGCUUCGGUAAUGGGAUGUUUGAAGAGCGUGCAAGGGGAGACCGAGGUGGAAGAGGAACAAUGGGAGGUCAUGGCUAUAGUGGAGGGGACACAGGCUCGGGCUUUCACAGUGGACACUUUGUGCACAUGAGAGGUCUUCCGUUCCGUGCAACAGAGUCAGACAUAGCCAAUUUCUUUGCACCACUUCAUCCUAUCCGCGUGCACAUUGACGUCGGGCCCAACGGCAAAUCCACAGGAGAGGCAGACGUAGAGUUUGCCACUCAUGAAGAUGCUGUAUCAGCCAUGUCAAAGGAUAAGAAUCACAUGCAACACCGUUACAUAGAGCUUUUCUUAAAUUCAACCUCCAGCGGAGCGUCUGAAAUGGGUCGUGGAGGAGGAAGUUACUAUGGCAGCUCUGGGAGCAUGGGCUCUCGAGGAAGCGGGCCAAGAGGCAUGUACUGAAGACGCCGUUUUACAAGAAACAGUUUUCACCUGAAGUUGGAAGGGUUUUUUUUUUUUUUUUGUAUAUUCUUAGAAAAUUGAAGCUGAAUAUUUUCCAGUCAGAGUGGAGUUUAAAAUAUAAAUGAAGUAUAUAAAUAAGUAUAUAUAGGUUGACCAGCUACUGUAAAUUUUGCUUAAAAUUUUUAUAUCUGAUUCUUCUGUGUUUGAGUGUUGCUUUAUUUGUUGUCAUCUAUGUAGCGCUGCAAUCUCAGAGGACACUGUGAUGGGCUGCCAUCUUUAAGAGUUGUAAGCCUCCCCCCCCAACAAUGAACAUUCUUUGGCUGUUAAUUUUUUUUUCUCUUAGUUAAUUAUGCUAACUGAGGAGUUCUUGUUUGAAUUAUUCUUGUUCAUGUAAGCAUUAGUUGGCCGUUGCAUUUAAAACCUCCAAAGUUAAACUAAACGUUUAGUUUGUGUUCGGUUAUUGCAAAUAUGUGAAUCUGAAUGAGACUUAAGAUGUUUAGCGAAUUUAAGAAUUCGCUAUAUUUAGAGAUGUCAGGAACCUUUCGCUUCUAAUAUGAUGUAUGCUGUAAAGAAAUGGCAAUUUUAGCCAUUCUCACAGUAUGUCUGAUUCACAAUUAAAUGAUGUUUAUAUUAUUUGAUGAA